CAUUUUUUUUCUACUUUACACUACUCUUAUACUUUAACAACUGAACAUUUAACAGAGUGUGAACAAGAUACCACAAAAGAAGUGUCUUCUCAUUGACUGGGCUGAUGAAGAUGGAAACGUUGCUGAGGGUCGUAUCAUUUCUUCUGACCCUGAAGCCAUAGUGAAUGACAGUCGAUUAGGUCCUAAUGAUGUUAAAGUCUUGGUUGAUGAAGCUACUGAACCUGAAGCAUUCCUCUGGAGACCUGCGACUAACAUGUGCACAAUUAAGGAAGCUGUUGGUCAUAUUAUUGCAUGGCCGAAGAAAAAAUGCGUGGAACUAGGUCUGGGGCUUGAACAUGAAGACAUUGCACCACUGGGCUCAAGAGCAAAUUCUCUCAACAAAUGCAAACUUCUGGAUUUGUCUGAUGACAGUGUAGUUGUUGGUGAAGGGCGUUGGCAGACAAAAGAACCAAAAGCAUUGGUUAAUGGACUUCCUCUAGGACCUAAAGCAGUUAAAGUAUUCUUGGAUGUUGUACAUGAGCAUGGAACAUAUUUAUGGAGGCCUACGAUGGAUCAUUCCUACCUGGAGGACUGCUUACAUUCUUUUAUGUCAUGGCCUGCUAGCAAAGUUGUCUUUGACAAUCCACCAGAAGCAACAAGAGGACAAUCUCCUACGGGUAUGAAAGUUACAUCGGUUGGUUAUAAGUCGCCUACUGAUACAAGUGGUAGAAAAGGUGCAAAAUCAGGAGCAACAACAUCAAUUCAUACUGACGAGUCUCCUGCAACUGAUCAGUGUCAGCUUAAGCAUGGAUCUCAGACAAUGAAACAGAAUCAGAAGUGCAAAUUGAUGGACAUUGGUGAGAGGAAACAAGUUGUUGCUGAAGGUCGUAUCCAUUCAACAGACCCAACUCAACUGGUCCACUUUGUGCGCUUGGGUCCGAAAGCAGCUAGAGUGUGGGUAGAUGCAGUGCUCGUAGAUGAUGCCGAAGUUUGGAGGAAAUCAGAUGAAAUAGAGAGUUUGAAAGAUGCACACGGUUCAUCAAUUGCAUGGCCAAUUGAUAAAUUGGUCAUAUUUUAAGCUGCUCAGCUGAGGGAAUGAAGAACUUAGGUCCAGAUUUAGCUAGUGUUUAAGCUAGGCUAAUGAACUUGAUGUAUGAUAUUAUUGCUUAUGACUUUGGUUUGUGUUUUAGAACUGCAUCAGUAACACUUAUGUGUAAUGACUUAUGUAUGUCAAACUUAUUUUAUGAUUGUGUUAGUUUGUUAUGAAGUUUCUGCUUUUUUUAUUACAAAUUUUCGAAAAUGCAAAUUCAUAGCUCGUGGACAAAAUAACAAUA